AUGGCCUUAACGGUGGAACUUGUCAAACUUGCUUUGCCAAGGCGUGUUCCAUUCCACUUUAUAUCGUCUGCAAGUGUUACUCGGUUUGUAUGCACAGAUUCCUUUGGAGAAAGUUCUGUGGCUUCAUUCCCCCCUCCUACUAUUCCCCAGGAUGAUUAUACAACAGCCAAGUGGGUGUGCGAGGUAUACCUAGAGCGUGUCAGUCAAUCACUAGGCAUACCAGUUUGGAUACAUCGUCCUUCGAGCGUGACAGGCUCUAAUGCGCCUAAGCUGGAACUCAUGAGCAAUGUUCUCCGUUACUGCCAAAGUACUAGGAAGAUCCCAGAUUCAGAAGCGUGGAGUGCUGUCUUUGAUUUCAUACCGGUUGAGUCGGCGGCGGCACAAAUCAUAGAAGUUGUGCAUGAAUCCGGUGCCACGUCUGUGGAAAACAAGGGAACGAGGUUUGUCUAUGAGUCCGGUGAAAUUCAGGUUGAGCAAAAUGAGGUACAAACGAUGAUGGAGGCAGAUGCUGGGCAGAAAUUUGAGACAGUUCCGUUGGCAGAGUGGGUUAAUGCUGCCGAGGCAGCUGGUAUAAGUCCUCUGUUAGGGGUGUAUUUGAGCCAGGCUGCAGAUAGCCAAAUUCUUCUUCCUAGGCUCGUCAAAGGGAGUGGGCAGGGUGCGGUAUAUGAAUGGGCCUAG